ACACCCUCUCCUCCCUUCAGUGGCUAGACCUUCCUCCAGCCACAGUGGGGAAGAGAAGGGGAGGGCGCGGAGGUGCUCCCCAGCACCUGGAGAGGGCGGUUGCAGAAAGGUGUUGAGACCUGCCUUUCCCCUACCCCGGCUACUCCACCUUCGUGAACAGCCCCAAGGCUGCUUGGGCGGUCACCGGAACCGCUGGGAGAGAGGGCUGGGAGUAAGCUGUUUGACGAUGCGGGUCAGCGUGAUCCGCAGCGUUAGUCUGGCCACUUCCUAGCUGCAGCAGCUCGGGGCAGACCCGCAUCCCUGGACACACCCUCGGACCCGCCUGGGCGGAGUCUCUGGCCUAGGUGCUGCCCUCUGGGUGCCAGGGCAGAGAAGUGGGUCAAGUUGCGUAGGCCUCCCCUUCAACCAAGCCUAGUCCCAAUUCCUUUUCAUCUUUUCCUGGACCUUUAACGCCACCCCCCACGUCUGAGAUGUCCGACCCAGAACCAGACCCAGAUCCAGAGGAGGAAGCUGCGGAAGACGCCCCCGCCCCAGAGACACCCAACUGGAGGGGCUUGGAGGAGGCAGUCCAGGAGCCUGGUAGUUAUGAGAUCCGAGAGUAUGAACCAGCUAAGUGGGUUAGUACCUCUGUUGAGUCAAUGGACUGGGAUGCAGCCGUCCAAGCUGGCUUCACAAAACUUCAUAAUUACAUGCAAGGCAAGAAUGAGAAAGAGAUAAAGAUAAAGAUGACUACCCCAGUGACAAGCUAUGUGGAGCCAGGCUCAGGGCCAUUUUGCCAGUCUACAAUUACCAUUUCUUUAUGCAUCCCUGCUGAACAGCAAUCUGAUCCACCCAAGCCUUCAGAGUCAGAUGUCUUUAUUGAAGACAGAGCUGCAAUGACAGUGUUUGUACGGUCUUUUGAUGGGUUUUCUAGUGCCCAGAAGAACCAGGAACAACUCUUGACAUUAGCAAGCAUUUUGAGAGAAGAUGGAAAAGUCUUUGAUGAAAAGGUUUACUACACUGCUGGCUAUAGCAGUCCUUCUCAGUUGCUUAAUAGACACAAUGAGGUGUGGUUAAUCAAGAAAAAUGAACCUUCCAAAGAAAAUGAAUAAACAAAAAAGAAAUGCUCCUGCUAAAGGCAAAAGUGCUGCUUAAUGUAGAUCUCAAUACUGCUGUUAAGCUCAUUGUUAAUUUAGUCUCGUGUGUAUAAGAACACCAUCAGCUGAACUUUCGAAUGUGCCUUUCCUAAUGCCUAAAACGUCCCUUUGCUCCAAGAAUAGGCUGGAAAAUCACAAUUUCCUCCUAAAAACAAAAAUCUUUAAACUGAUUAAUGGCAGUAGUCUUUCUUCUUUUUCACCAGAAGGUCAGGGGAAACAGCCAUAGGUGUAUCUGUCUACUUUUCUCACUUUAAUAUGGUUUUUUUCCUCUUUGCUUCAAGAGAACACUGUCCUCUCUUGUGUCAGUGAAAUUCUUAACUAUCUGUGGAUAGUGCCACGCUAUCAGCCUUGGAAAUACUAAAUUUCCAGUUGAUGGUGGUUAAUCAGCAAUUGAACCUUCCUAUCACUAUGGACAGCUGGAGUCCUCUAUUCCAUUGUCAGCUAAUUUCUACCCACCCUCUGUAAGGACUCAUAAAACUUGCAAUUAACAUUAGGGUAAUGGUCCAAGUCAUUUUUUUCUAGUCCUGCUUUUGUGACUUAUAGAAUGUUCUAUUUCAAAUGAUGCCUCAUUAUUAUUUUUAAAUUUUUAAAAAAUAAAUCAAUUCAAUGGAAAAAAAUGUCAUGAAUUAUUUUAAGGAGGAAGGGAAAAGGAAUACAAACAAAUGCUGCAACUCCACCCCCAAACUUGAAAUUUUAGGGGUUUUUUUAGUUUAACUCUUGUAAACUUCAAUGGCUUCUCUAUCAUUGGACAAAAUAAAGUCAUGUUUAAUAGACUUAAAAUACUAUGUAUAUUUUUUACUCCACUUAACCACAUAGCCUUGUAAUAUUUUGAUCCUAUAACUGCUAUUGGUUAUAAAAUGGUAAUUUUUCUAGUUUUUGAGAUUAAUAUUUUUCAGUUUGAAAACUAAACCUUUAUUUUCUAGAGGCAUUCUAUUUAGUUUAUAACAUUUAAUACAUUAUAACUUUUUAGCAUAAGGAUUAAUUCACUGGCCAGAGAGAGCUAAUGGGACUCUUUUCACAAGUAGCUGGCACAGCAGAUAAAAGAAUGCCAGGCCUGGAGUCAGAAAGAUGUGUUCCCAUGUGAAUUCAAACAGUGUGUGACCAUAGGCAAGCUACUUAACCUUUAUUUGCUUCACUUUGCUUCUUCAUCUGUAAAAUGGAGAUCAUAAUAACAUCUAACUUCUAUCUUUGUCCCAAUGAUCAAAUGAGAUAAUUGUAAAAAGUUCCUAGCACAGUGCCUGGCACAUAAUAAGCACUAUAUAAGUGUUUGCAAUUAGUUUAAUUUCCUGAGAGGGGUUUGAAAGUUCCUUCCAAAGAGAAUUCCUUUUGUUGCUAACAGUGAAUAUACACAGAUAUCACUGGGAUGUAGCUAUUGAUAUACACAUAUAUUACACAUAUAUCUGCACAUACAUAUUACCCUUAUUUAUAAUAGUAUUUCUAGUGAAUAGCAAGAGCAUGAUAAUUUGACUAAAGGUAGUUAGGGAAAUACUGAUCUUUCUAUUAACUAUAUUAUCCAAUUUACUAUCGAAUAAUAAUAAUGAACAAUGCCAUCUGGUAUUUUUAAACCUCCUAAAAUAUCGAUUCCAAAUAGCAUCCUGAGAAGCAAAGAUGUAGGAUGUACCAGAGAAUUUUGGGUUCCCCUGGCAAUUUCUCCAAGUUGCCAAAAUCCUUUUUUCCCCAUUACUUGUAAGACAGAGACUCACUUUCUUCAGUUUAUCUCACCUGCCUCUAUGCCAAAUCAUAUUUUUAAAAUUCUUAUUUUCUUGUAACUCUACCUUUCCCCUCAAGUGGGAAUAAGAUAUUGAAGGGAAAGAGAGACUAUUAUUUAAGGGUACGUAAAGCUACCCAUAACCUAAAGAAUAAGCAGAAAUACUUUGGAACUGAUGCAGAGAAUGAGAAAAACAAAACAGAACAAGGAGAUGGCCAGCAUCAGUCAUUAUUAUCUCUUUGGUCUACAAGUCUGUCUGCUGACUAUACUUGCUCUCCACUCCUUUUGUAAUCUUGUUUAUGAGGCAGAUAAUGGUAUAGAAUUGAGUUCUAGUUAUUAGAUACAGAAUAUGGACUUGAACGCAAAUGUUGUACUUCUCUUUGGCUGAAACAAUCCUUUCCUACUUUAUAAGAAAGUGUUACCAAAGCUUCUGUGAAGCAUCUUAUGAAGCCAUGGUGUGGCUCAUCUCUGGAGCCCAUCACCUAUGGCGAGUGAUUAUCCUGGAGACAUUCAAAGCAUUUUUUUCUACUCUGCUUUAAGUCAGCAUUAAUAAUGGUUUCAUAUUAAGACUAUGGAUCAAAGUAGGAGUGUGUGUCUGUUUGCAGGUUGGGGUGAGAAAAAACCAUCUUCAUUGUUGCUUUUAUUUCCUGCCAUUGUAAUUUAUCAUGCCAGCUAAUACUUUUAGUCCAGCUUGUUAAUCCAGAUUCCCACGGAAACAUCCCCAAUCUAAGAAAGAUUUCAAAUGCCAUGCUAAGUCCAGAAUGGCACAAGGGUAAAAGGCUGACCUUGGAGACAGUGAAAGUAUGGAGGAGAAUACCACUGCUAACCAGUGCCAGUACCAAUGUACAGGAAGUUUGGGGGCAAAUUUCCUUAUCUGCAAAAUGAGAAUAAUAGAUCAGAAGUCCCUUAAAAGGCUGUUGUAAGGAGCAAAUGAGAUAAAUUAAAUGCUUUGUAAACUGUGAUGUGCUACAUAAA